CUUUAAAUGCCUGACUGAAGCUAAAUAAAAGGGUUGUGCGGGGGCUGUUCGUGUCGGCAGGUGUUGAACUACUGUCCGAAGGACAUGAAGGCGGACAUCUGCGUGCACCUGAAUAGGAAGGUGUUCAACGAGCACCCGGCGUUCCGGCUGGCGAGCGACGGCUGCCUGCGGGCGCUGGCCAUGCACUUCCACAUGUCGCACUCGGCGCCCGGGGACCUGCUCUACCACACCGGGGAGUCUAUAGACUCGCUGUGCUUCAUUGUGACGGGCAGCCUCGAGGUCAUACAGGAUGAUGAGGUCGUGGCUAUCCUAGGCAAGGGCGACGUGUUCGGCGACUCGUUCUGGAAGGACAGCGCAGUGGGCCAGUCGGCGGCCAACGUCCGCGCGCUGACCUACUGCGACCUGCACACCAUCAAGCGCGACCGGCUGCUGGAGGUGCUGGACUUCUACCAGGCCUUCGCGAACAGCUUCGCGAGGAACCUGACACUGACGUACAAUCUGCGGCAUCGACUUAUUUUCCGCAAGGUGGCGGACGUGCGUCGCGAGCGCGAGCUGAUGGAGCGACGCAAACGCGAGCCCCAACUCGAGCAAGCACAGGACCACCUCGUGCGCAAGAUAUUUUCGCGCUUCCGUCGCGAGCGCAGCGUCGCCGCCGCGCCCGCUCCACGGCCGUCACUCGCGCCGGCGCCGUCUAGUGACGCCGAGCGCGGCGAGCCGGCCGCCGCGCCGACGACGACGCCGGCGCCCGCCGCCGCCGCCGCGCGCGGCAAGUGGGGCCGCCUGCUCGCCGGCGGCUCUUUAGACGCGGGCGACGCACCGCGCGCCGCGUUUACGCGUAGCCUUAGCGCGCGCGACCGGCCUUCGCUCGCCGCGGCUGCUGCUGCUGCUGCCGCAGCUCCUGCCCCGGCGACGACAACUGUCGCCACCACGACUGCUCCCGUUACUACCCUAUCCUUUAAAGCGACGUUUGCAAAGGCGCGAUCGGCGAGCGCGCUCAGUGCCUUAGGCGGCAGCGGUGGCAGCGGGCGGCAGGACACGAUCGAGGAGGAGUUGGAGGAGCGCAAGCCCGCGCCCGCCCCGGCGCCUGCGCCCGCUUCAGCGCCCGCGCCCGCUCCCGCUCCCGCGCCCGCUCCGGCGGCGGUCGCGGCGGCGGCGGCGUCGGCGCACGAGGCCGCGCUGGCGGAGUUGCGACGCGAUGUGCGGACGGAGGUGCAACGGUUACAGCAGAAGCUCGGUCGCGUUGAAGAAUUGCUGACAGCGCUAGCGACGCGGCUGGGCGCCGACGCUGGCGACGGCGAGGAACCGCGCGCGCCCGCCGACACCGCCGCGAGAAAACGGAGAUCUAAGGCGCGGAGCAAGGGCGCAGCGCCAGCAGUCCCGACGCCGACGACCCCGGGUUCAGCGCCGGGCAGCCCGCCGGGGUCGGCGUCGGCGUCGGCGUCGGCGGCGGCGGCGGCGUCGGCGUCGGCGGCAGCGUCGGCGGCGGCGCGCCGGCGCGACUUCGUGUAGCGCGCGGCGGCGCCCGGCGCCGAUGCGCGCCGGGCGCCCCGAGACCCUGAAACUCCUCUGUAAAAUAUCUCGUGAUAUGACUGUUAGUGCGUCGCGCAUCGAUACGAUAUCAGAAGUAUCGGAACAGAACAUGUAUUUAAUUAUUCGCUUUUCACAUUGCCCGAUAUCGAUACGGCAACCAUGGCGGAAGUCUGGCAGGUAAAGGAUAUUUUGUUUGGGGCGCGUAAUCACAGCCGCAUGAUCUUGAGUAGGUAUAGUUGGUUAUUCCCAACUAUUACCGUCCAGGUUUUUCGCACGAUGGUGGUAACUAUUUACUUACUGGGAAAUUUUAUCUUACUCAUUCCCAGUGGUAUUUAUAGAGGAAACAAAAAUACCAGUUUUUACACUUUUUACCACUGGCAACAACUUGGUGUUAACAGCUGGGAAUAACCCGUAGAUAUAGUUGGUAGUUGGUUAUAGUGAGUUACACUUGUUUUAAAGUUGAUCCGAUGAUAUCGGAAGUUUGUAGAUUUUAUUAUGAUGCCAGCUACAGAUUGGAUAUUGAAGUCCAAUAUUGAUAUAUGGUAUCGGAUAAUGUGAAAAGGCUUUUAAGUUAGGAAUUGUCCGCCCGCCGCGCGCAGUCGGGGCGGGCUUGGGCCUAGGGUUGCCAGAUCGAAAGGCGCUAUUAUCGGGAAACAAUAUCAAUUUUUUGGGAUUUUGGGACUUAAGUCGGGCAAAAAAUACAUUCAAAUUAAAGUAAUUGUAUAAAAAACUACGAUAUUUUACAUUAUUAGCACUACGUCAGCUCGCUCACUCGACUACAGUUCGGAACUUGAAAUUAUUGUUUUAACGAGAAGCUGUUUUUUGGGACUGUUUACACUUUGUCGGGAAUCAGGAACACAUGCUACAAAUCGGGAGAAUCCCGCCGAAUCCCGACCAUCUGGCAACCCUACUUGGGCCUGUACCACGAAAUUCGACUGUCGAAGUUACGAUAUCUACAUUUUAUAUCAUAUCACUCAAGUAAUAAGCAAAGUAAUAAUAAUGCAAUAUGUCCUAGACUGAAAACCUCACGCACUUUACGAAAAUUUAUAAAAUGUAAACGUAGGAAUUCGCAAUGUCAGAUGACAGCCGCUUUCGGUGAAAUCAGUGCUUGUGCAAUUUUUGAGAUUAACAGACACUAGGCGGAGCAGUAAAACCAAAGACAUACUUAUGUAGAUUUUGACAAAUACCUAUACGGAUGUCCUUAUAGGUAUUUGCCAAAAUACCUACGGCAAAGUAAAUUGAAUAGGCUUUAGGCAUGUAAGGAAUUGAGCAAUAAUAACUAAAUGUAAAUAUCAUAAUUUUAGUGUUUUAUAAAUACUUAUUCAGUAAAUAUAUUUGAUGUAUGUCGACUUUAAGUCGGCUAAAGCUUUAUGAGCUCGAGAGAAAUGGAGAUAUCGUAUGUUCGGCCUUCGAUAUCGCGGUCUCGCUCCUGCAUUAGUGCGGCGCCACCGCGCCUGCCGCUUGCCGCCUUAGUCGCCGGCUGAUAUUAUAGACUAGGAUAUUGUUGACAUUCUAAGAGUUUGUAUAAAGUUAUUAUAAGUGACGACUAUUAGACACACGUUUUAAAGCUCCCCACGUUUGUUUCCACCUUCUCUUUUAUCUAUAGUACACGACCGACCAAGACUUUUGUAUUACAACGGCAUCAUCUAAUCUGUACGAGGCUACAUUUUAUACACGCUUGGAGAAUAUUUUAUUGUUACACUUAUGAAUGAAAGAAUUAAGUAGAGAUAUUUAUAUGUUAGCCGCGCCGGCCAGCCGUUCUUGCUGUUCGACGAUAUUUCACCUUUUCAACAGUUAACUGUACCUAAAAUGUUAGGUGAAUACAUUUCACAAAGCUGUAAACUAAAAUUUUAUAAGUAAUUUAAAUCGACAGUAUCUAAUGACGACAAUAUUUUAAAAAGUAUCCCUACAAUGGUUAAUCCCCAGUGAAAGUAUUCAGUGUUGCCACUUUUGAAAGCUAACUGUCAAUUCGAUUGUCUAUUGGUACCUCCGAAUUCCCUACAGAAAAAAGAUCACCGUCGACGGUAAUCCCUUUUUGGUGUAGAAUCUUGAAGCGCCAUCUAUAUACAAUUUGCUUUUGCCGGCAUUCCGCAAUAUAAUGCAAUCAUGAAUGGCAUUAUAACAAGCCAAAUAAAUACUGUUUCGACAGCAAGAGUUGGCACGAAGCCCGGCGCGGUGUGUUAGUGGUCUUGUUAAUGUUUGUAAAGUUUAUCGCUACGCGCGUCCCGCCACCGGCUCCGGACUGGUCCGGUGACACAACUACACUAGGUUGAUUGCUGCAUUCAACAAAGUGUUAAAGCAUGGCUACACUCUGUGUAAACGUGCCCUUACAUAGGGUUUCCAGAUGAUAGGCAUGUAUAUUUCCCCAAAAAUCGUAUCACUAUUAAAAAAUUGUUGGGAGGAUUUUAUACUAACCUAGUACAAGGUCUAAAAUUUUCCCACCUUGAAUUUUGAGACAGAUAUCUAGUUUAUUUUAUCCUGACGCGAAAUCACAGUUUAAUUUCGUCCAGAUAUUUGUCCUCUAAUUUGGCAACCCUUCAAACUAACGUCGGGUUUAACAAUUCCAGCGUUUGAUUUGUCAUCACUUGCAAUUUUAAGUCGAUUUUAUCGUUUUUUCUGCAAGAUGUUGAAGAGGAGACGGUUUAAAAACCGGAAUAUACUCGAUCCGGGAACGGACCGGCGUCCGGAGCCGACGCAGGCCGUGCGACGCUCGGAGCGUGCGCUCCCCUAUCAGAGACGACUAAAAUAAUGCAGACUACCAAUCCUCUAAUGGAAAUCGAGUUUAUUCAUUAAAGUAGAAAUAGCGAUUGCAUUUAAUACGUAUUUGUAACUGAUUCGACGGAAGAUAUUAAUCCAUCAAAUGUCUUAAAAUUUCAAGGUCAGCUAUAAAUCUGAAAUAGCCAUUCUAACUCUACUAAUUUGUCAAUUAUCAGAACAUUGGGAGUCUGUCUGGACUUGUUAUCUCCCAUUUAUUAGCAACACUUCACAGUCCUAACCACCUUAGAAACAUCAACUUUGUCACUGACGAUGGUGGUUUUUAAUACGUUCAAUUAUCUACCUUAUCAUUAAAAUUAUAAAACCUAUAUUACCAAGCAUCGGACCAUAGGUGGUGUUAAAAUAUACUUUAUUCCAUUUGUGUUAAAGUACAAAAUCAAAUGCAUAAAACCACCGGUUAAUCAAACCAGAUACGACUUACCCGUUCUUCGAUUGAACAUAAUAAUCGCUUGAAUAAAGAUUACCAGUCUAUAUUAUUUAGUCGUCUGUCUCUAUCAUGCAUGACGUCACAUUCGGCAGACGAACCACUACGUUUCUCGCCUCGCUAAGCCACUGCUACUUAUGAUCUUUUUUAUUAAAAUAUAUCAAAAUGAUGAGAAACUAACAAA